ACAGGAACGUUCGACUAAAAGCUGCGAUAACUACAAAUAAAUAACUGCGGUUAGUUUAUUACCAGACACACCACCCGUCAAAGUUGUCAAGGAGGAAAGUUAAGUAACUAGUAAUGGCCACGUGUUCUUCCCAAACACUUGCUCUUCAGAGAAAUUCCUGUAAGCAGAACAGUUUCAUGGAGAAAUUAAUGACAAAAAUAUUUAACUUCUACGACGAGCAGUCUCUAAUCGAUGUGACAUUUAAAGUUUCAAACCCAACGGCUCUUGUACCCGCGCAUCGUUUGAUACUCGCAGCAGCGAGUCCUUACUUCGAGAACCUUUUCAAUGGCAAUCAAGGCACUAAUCCAGUCAUCGAGAUAAAUGAUAUCGAUAGCGAUAUUUUUGAGCAUCUAAUAACCUUUUGUUACACCGGAGAGGCCUCCAUUACCGUUAACAAUGUCGCAGCCGUGCUAAAUGCGGCAAUCGUUUUGCAAUUGGACGAUGCCAUAACCAGUAGUGUGGACUACCUUAUUACACAUAUCGAUGAAUACACUUUACAGGGUGCUUAUACGCUGGAGCGUGAAACGCAAUGUGAAGUUCUUAGGCAGAAAAUCAUCGAAUACGAAACACAAAAUUUCAUGGAGAUCAGCCGAAGCGAUGAGUUUUUGAAUUUUUAUGUAGAAAAAUUGCAACGUAUUCUGGUAUCUGACAAUUUGAAUAUAACCCGUGAGGAAGAUGCCUACGAUGCCAUACAACGCUGGUACAAUUACGAUGUUCCUGCGCGUCAAGAGAAUCUGCCUCUUUUAAUAGCUUGUCUGCGUCUUACCCAAUUCAAUGUGGACUUUCUGAUUACACACAUACAGCCGUUACCUGGAUGUGAGCUACUGGUCUUCAAGGCAUUAUCAUGGAUCGGAGUGCCUACCGCACGGCCAAUGAUAAAUAUCCGAUUUACAGAACCACGUGGUGUCGGUGCUACAAAUUGUGGUGAGAAAACAAUCCUAGCGCUUUGCUCGCAGAAUCCCAAACUGCUGCAAUAUAACAAAACUGAGGAUAAGUGGCAGGAAUAUGCGAGUAUAAAAAUCGAUUACGAACUAUAUAGAACUGUUUUGGAGGAUGAUAAUUUAUUAUUUAUUGGCGGUUAUAAAAAUUGUACCACACUUAACGUCGUCCGCAGCUGGAAUAUACGAAAUAAGACAUGGCAAAAUUUUCCCGUCAUGAUCCAAGCAAGAAGGGCACACUGCGUUGUCGAAUUAGAUGAUAAAAUCUACGCGAUUGGUGGUUGUGAGGAUAGAGCUUUGUCGUCGGUGGAAAGAUAUACGACCUCCGAUGGUUGGAAGUUCGUGAACAGUUUAAUUGUUGGACGAGAUAACGCCAGUGCAGUGACAUUAAAUAAUAAAAUUUACGUAAUGGGCGGUUAUAAUAGUUGCCGGGGACAAUUAAAGCAAUUAAAAUCCAUCGAAUGCUACAAUCCGAAUUCGAAUACUUGGACUUCUUGCGCGGAUAUGACAAAAUGUCACAUUUUACCUGGCGUAGCUGCACAUAAAGGUCACAUUUAUGUUUUGGGCCGUGGGGAUGAGUACAGCCACGUUUGCGUUGAACGAUACGAUCCUCAGCAAAACACAUGGUCACAGAUUUGCUCUUUGGAUGUUGAUCCUGGUUAUAUAGCUUGCGUAUUGCUAGACAAUAAACUAUGGGCCAUUGGUGGCCAGUCUGAAUCUGCUGGGAAGUCAUGUGUAUCAGUCUUUGAUGAAGAAAAUUUCUGUUGGGUAGAAAGGUGCUUGUUACCCGAAAGAAAAGUGUGUAACUGUUUUGUUGUGCCUGAAACCUUGCUGUUUUCGAUGUGAAUAAAUAAUGUAAUUAUUGUUCCGUUUUUGGA